ACUUAAACGAAUGAACAGCGAUCUCCGUCACCAGUUCACUGAGAUGGAAACGAAGUACAGAUCUGUCAACGAAACCAAGGCUCAAAUCUGUGAAUUGUUGACCAGCAGAAGAGUACCACAGAUUCGUCAGUCAGAGAUCACCACCGACCAAAACUGCAAUGAGUUAAACUCAACCCUUCAAUCCAAGAUAUCGGAAAUUUCCCACUUGGAUUUCACCCAGAGAAUGUGUCUCAACAAUCUCUCUGCGCUCAACUUUAAUCUCUCCGAUCUUAAACGAAGGCACAGCGAUCUCGGUCACCAGUUCACUGAGAUGGAAACGAAGUACAGAUCUGUCAACGAAACCAAGGCUCAAAUCUGUGAAUUGUUGACCAGCAGAAAAGAGCAGACAUGUCCUCCGAACUGGAUCGAAAACGAGAAUCGGUGUUAUUUCAUAUCUUCCUUGGAGAAGCCUUAUAAUGGAGCGAGGGAACACUGUUCGAACCUUGAUGCAAGGCUCCUCGAAAUAAAUUCACCCGAGGAAGAGGAUUUUGUGUCCAUCUCUAUCGUCACUCGAUUCAGAACUUACUGGAUUGGAAAAUGCAGAGACGGGACUGUGUCCCCUGAUCUUCUGUACAAGAUGUUCUUUAAAUGGCACACCUGCAGAGAAUGCAACUUGCAUUCACAGAGCUACAGUUGUAACAGUACAUACAGAUUCAUCUGUAAAAAGUCGGCACGUUUAUACCAGGAUAUUCCUGAAGAGAUCAAAGGAGGCAGACCAGAACUGAACACCGCCCUCCAAGCGGGGUCUCACCGACGUCAUGUACAACUUCAACGUGACGUCAGCACGCUGCAAUGAUGUAAAAUUAACGCG